AUGCGGUGGUCUUCCGUACUCAUCGCUGCAUGCUGCGGCGUAGCGGCCGCCCACGGCGAUCACUCCCUCCCUAAUGUGGUCGGACGAAGGAAGCUUCCGGCGGAGCUCAAGUUCAGACGUCCUCACGUUCAGCGAACGGCCGCCGCCGCUGCUGCUGCUGCUGCUCGCGUGCCGGUAGAGGACAAUGGGCCCUUGGACAAGAGACAGGUGGGCGGCAAGGACGGGCGCUGCGGGUCGCGAACGAAGCUCGGCAAGGUCCCCUACGGCGGGCUGGGGAUCUACGAUUGCACGAACGAAGGCGACAUUGCGCUGACUUUUGACGACGGGCCAUACGAGUACACGGGCGACCUCCUUGACAAACUCGCUGCGUACGGCGCCAAAGCUACCUUCUUCAUCACUGGAAACAAUAUCGGGAAAGGCAUGAUCAAUGACCCGGAUCUGCCUUGGGCGGGAUUCAUCAAGCGCAUGACGGAGGAAGGCCACCAAGUUGCUAGUCACACAUGGUCCCAUCAAAACGCCAGCCAAUUGACCACCGCCCAACUACAGGCGCAGAUGGUCUACAAUGAAAUUGCGUUGAACGACAUUCUUGGAUUCUUCCCCACGUAUAUGAGACCCCCUUUUUCUAUCUGUGAGAAGGCUUGUCAGACAAUCUUGGCCGCCCUGGGCUACCACAUCAUCUACUUCGACCUGGACACGGAGGGCUACCUUCAUGAUGACCCGACAGAAAUCCAGACCAGCAAGGAUAUCUGGGAUGAUGCCAUGGCCAAUGCGAACUCGGACACCGACAGCUUCCUCCAGAUCGAGCAUGACAUUCACUACCAAACUGUCUACAACUUGACAGACUACAUUUUGACCUCCCUGUUCCAGAACGGCUUCCGCUCCGUCACUGUCGGCGAGUGUCUCGGUGAUCCGCUUGCCAAUUGGUACCGUGCUGGGAGCGGAAAGAUCCCUACCGUGAGCGCGGUCGUCGCCCGGGCCGAGGCUGACGUCUCACCAACGCUGGGCUCUGGCCCAGUUGCCACUACCUCCCCGGCUUCGACGGGCGACAUCAUCACCACCACGGGCGAGUGCGGUAAUGGAAUCACCUGCCAGGGGUCUCGGUUCGGAAACUGCUGCUCCCAGUAUGGCUGGUGCGGAUCCUCGGCCGACCAUUGCAGCCUGGGGUGCCAGUCCGACUGGGGCACCUGCCCGACGCCCCCUAGUCUGGACGGAAGCUGCGGCAACGGCAUCACAUGUCUGGGCUCGACAUUUGGUGACUGCUGCUCGCAGAACGGCUGGUGCGGCAGCACGGCCGACUACUGCGGUGAUGGCUGUAACAUUGCGUGGGGUACAUGUGCCGCCGCGAAGCCUCCGACGCCGACUACGACGAGUGUCCAGCCGAGCGCCACCGUCGGGCUCCGUCCAGCCUACGGUACCUGCAAUGAGGGUGACGAGGAGGAUUAUGAGUAG